CAAAAUGUAAUUUGUUUGAUUUAUGUGCACAUAUGCAAGGUUUGCUAAUUGCUAAAACAUAAUACUAGACAGCUUGCAAAAGUGAUGCCCAUGUUUCGCUUGGUGAAUAUAGGCCAGCAUGCAUUUUUUGCCACACUUGCGAGCCAAUGAAAACGCUUCUAUUAAUUAGAGAAACUGUCAAACAUAUUUCUUUUUAUUAUCUUAACGUUGGCAACCUUUAAAGCAGGUUUACCAACACUGAUUGUCAAUAAACAAAUUAGAAUUGUUUUCGUUUGUUGAAUGUGUGAUGUUAGAAUUCCGGAUAUAAUGGAACCAAUAGAAAGAUCAGAAAAUCCGCUUAUAGCGAAAUGUGUCAACACUGAAGAUGUAAUAAAUUUUAUUAAUAAUUCCUGUUUAUCCAAAAUGUGUCCGUUUCUACACAAAAACAUAGAAACGGUUGAUAUUUGCAAAGGUUUUCUUAAAUUGAUAGACGAAGUAAAUACCUUUAAAGAAUUAAAAGAUUUGCUAGUGGUUGGAAGCAUGGUAUACUUUCACAAACAAACUAUCUACAAUCUGGAUUGGCGGGAUAAUUUAUUGUUGCAGACGUUCCGUGUUGUGAAUACUGUACAUCCUAUUGAAAUUCAUAUACUUUGCAAACAUGUAUGGGACAGCUUGGUAACUAAGGAUCCGGAGUAUAUUUUAAAUUUACACAUGAUUUGCCGUAGGAUUGACACGGAAGGCGUUGCGCCGAAACUGAUUUCUAUAUGUUUAGGAUUAAAAAUAAUCGCUGAAAUAUCUCAAACUAAAAUGGAUUUCUUUUGUUUAAAUAAGUUAAAUAAUUUAUUAGAUAUGCUAAACAAAAUCAAUAUUGGAUCUCUUAAGAGACCGGAGAGUACAAGAAAUACAUUCAUAUUGUUUACUACAGUCAAAUUUAUAUCUGCGAAAUUGGUAUCUGAUAGUGAACUCCUUGAAUGCAUUUAUCCACAAUGUUUAACGCAUAAGACCGAAAUAAUUAAAGGAAUACAAGAGUGGUUGCGUUAUGUCCAAGAAAGACUAAUGUCUAUUUCCCGUCAAGAAAAUAAAUACCAGAUUUUCAAUUUAUCGUUGAUUCCAUAUAUGACUAUAAUAAACGAGUUUAAGAAUGGAUCGGAUGAAGUCAAAUAUCUAAACAUGUCUACCUAAUCAAAAUUAAUUUUAUUUAUUCAUCCAUUUUUAUCUAUUAUUUAUUUAACUAAUUAAUUUUUUUUAUUUACAAGUUUUGAUUUUGUUUAAAUUGUUGAUAUAAAAAUUUAAAACAUAUUAACCACCUAUUUUUUAUAAGAUAAGUUUGUUUUGUAUAUAUUUAUGAUUUUAAUUAGUAAUGUUAAAAACUUAAUUAAGAAGAAGUAUUUCAAAUAAUUCUAAUUCUCAUAUGAAUAAAUAAGUCAGUAUUAUA